GUUUAGCCCCUAGUACCAUUCAUCCCCGGAAGAGGGAGACAACGUCUGGGAAAGAGCGCACAGACUGACGGUAGCGGGCAACUGAGCAUCCGAGCAUCCCACAGCCUUUCUUCCCUCAGUGUAGCGGAUCGCCGUAAUACUGGAGCACUAUCUGCAAUGUCUCCUGCACGGGCACGAGCUCUUCUCGGGCUCCUGAUCACACUUUGCACCCAGAGCCCACUACUGUCGGGUUCUAAGCCACUGCCACCACGUAAUGUAAAGCUUACCUCUGUGGAUAAGGGGUUAAAAGUCACAUGGGAUUCCCCCAGCGAGCUGGAUGGACGGCCUGUUGAUAGCUACAGCAUCGGCUAUGGGAAGUCCAUGAAGUCACUGCGCUUCAUGACUGUCGACAAGGACAGACGGUCAGAGUUACUAGAGGACCUGGAGCCUGGAGUCCUGCAUUUUCUCAAGAUGAGUGCAGAGAAUAAGGAUGGGAUGAGUAAACCUGUCUACAGGGCAGAGACUCCAGGAGGGGGAGAGUGGGUUAAACUGGAUGGUUUUGCUGUCGAACCCUUCAACAGAUCCUCUCCAGGCAGGAUGGUGUCUAUAACUUCAUCACAGAUUAACCCACGGCCCCCAACUCAGAGGACGGCACUAGGACAAGAGAGGGCCCCUCAGUCAUCCUCAGGACCAGAACCCCCUCAUCAAGUAGGACGCCUCCCUCUGCGACCCCAAAACAAACACAGAGUGGACCUCAGCCAGCACCAAGCAGACCAGCGCAAUGCUAACAAGAACAAACUGGCGUCUGAGUCCGUCUAUGUGGUAUCACUGCAGGCACCCAGAGCCCAGGGGAGGAGUGCACCCAUCACCACAGCCACCUUAAAUAAAGUAACACCAGAGCCGGAAGUUGUGGAUGAAGUAGAGGACAUCAGAGUUAGAGUAUUGUCUCCUCAGUCUGUCCUUAUCACAUGGGUUGAUCCACUUGUUGAAAAGAAGAAGGAAAUACCAGAGGGAUCCAGGUAUUACACUGUGAAAUACAGAGAGAAAGGAGAAUCUGCUCGAUGGGAAUACAAGGAAACAGCUCAGAGACGUCUCAUAAUUGAAACGCUCUCUGCAGACAGCAUGUACGAGUUCUCUAUUUGUAUCUCGCAAAGAGAUCAGAAGGGAAAAUGGAGUGCAUCUGUGUUCCAGAGAACCCCUGAAUCAGCUCCUUCUGGCCCUCCAGAAAAUUUUCAAGUAAAACCACUUCGAGGAAAGGGUACUGCUGUCACAGCCACCUGGGAUCCACCCGAGCAAACAAAUGGGCGAAUAAGAGAAUACAUCCUUUCCUAUGCUCCUGCUAUGAAACCAUUUGGCGCAAAGUCAGUAACAUACCGUGGCACCACCACCUCUGCUACCAUAGAUGGACUUACGCCAGGUGACCGCUAUAUCUUCAAAAUCCGUGGAGUCAAUAGGAAGGGCCAAGGACCACAGACUAAAGCCAUUAUUGUUGCAAUGCCUGCAUCCAGCUCUACUCACUUAAGGAACGCAGACAGCCACAAGACAAGUCAAAGUGCCUCCAAGACAUCUUCAAACAAUGAAUCAGACAAUCAGGAGCCAGAUGAGAUGGAAGAGUUCGAUACUCAGACCACAACUCAAACACCGCCCAAUAGACGAGGACGCCCUCUUUCUCAAACAAGGUCCUAUCACAGCAUCUUCUCCUCUGUGAGGGGUUCAGUCAGAAGAGGAGGUUCUAGCUCAAGGUCAAACUCACAUUCUUCAUCCACUAAUGCCAAAGAUAGAGAAGAAGAUACAAAUGAGGAAGAGAAGCCAACAGACAGUCAAACAGAAGACGACAUAAGAGCAAAUGAGGCUAUUGUGGACACAAAACCAGAGAGCAGUAAUAAUGCAUCGCCACAAACAGAGGAACAUUCAAAACACCCACAUGACACUAAAGAAUCAAAACCCAGUAAAUCUGAAUCUGUCCCUAAAACAUCUGAUGCCAAACGUCCUUCUUGGACCCCGCGCACAUCCUCAAUUGUUGAUAUUAGCAGAUUAAGAAGGCCUAAUUCUCGUUCAAGAAUGCGGAGUGAAGAUUCUUUGCAAAGCAAGGAGUCUGCAGCUACAAGAAAGAACCUGACAACGGUCUCCUAUCCUGAGGAAAAGAGCUCUUACAACCAGAUAAGUGUCACUGACAAGACGCCUUCAGUGAUCUCACCUCAGGAAACCAGGCCUGAAUCAGUGAAAGAAUCAGAAACAGAAUCAUCCUCAUCUGUCUCUUCUCCAACUUACUCUUCUUCCUCCUCCUCAGCAUCUACUUCAUCAUCUUCUUCUUCGGGAUCUUCUCCUUCAUCCUCCUUACCAUCAUCAGCAGCAGCAGGUACAAGAAGGUCUUCUUCCACAUCAGGUCGAGUCCCAAGUUCAGGAUCUAGUGCCAUGUACCCUAAUGGAAGAAGAGUUGGAAUUUCAACUAGAACUCAUAGACUUCAAACAGGAAAGCACAAACCUGAUUCAUCAUCAUCAUCAUCAUCAUCGUCAUCAUCAUCGUCUGCUUCUUCACAAUCAACACUGCCAACAGGAACCACGAUAAACAGUCAAGAUACAACAGAGGUGCUUGAUACCAACCACAAGGACACGGAGCUAGAUAAAGAGGAACAACCAGUGCAAAUGGGAGAUUAUGAUAACAAAGAAGAGAAAAGCAAUAGUUAUGGUUCCACUUCCCUUUCUUCUUCAAGGACUAACUCUUUUACAACAGGGAGAAGUUCAGCCGUUUCAUUACCAAACCGAAAUUCUAGGAUAGUUACAGGGAGUCGCAGACAAGACGGGAGAAUACCGUGGAGUAGGACUGCCUCAUCUAUAGGUGCAGGAAGGCCAAUUAUUAAAGGAUUUCCUUCUCGUUCUACUGCUGUGAGCUCACGAGAUACUAGUGAUAAAACUUCACCCACAACAUAUCCUUCAAAGCAGGAGGUUAAUCCUGUCUCAAAUAAACCUAGUGUGCUGAAUAAAGACACAAAUGCUCCAAUUAGUUCCAACAAUCCCAGUAAUAAUGAAGAUAUAAAAAUUAGCAAUGAUCAUGAAGAUGAUUAUCUUUACAAGGGAAGCAGAGAGACCUUGGAGAGGCAAAACAAAGAUGCCACCUCAACUGCUGCACCUAAAACCACAACAACAACUGUGAGUGAACCUCAUAGACCUAUCCAGAACUUUGAAAAUGAAAGUACCAGUAGCAGUUCAAAGUCACUUCCUUCAGUUGCCCAAAGAGUUCCUAUUUUGGCUUCUAAUGGUCGGGUCCGCUCUCCUGUGUUAGCAAGCCGAUCUAAAGGUUUGCGGUUACCCAAAUGGGGGGAUCCAGUACAGCACAGAAGAAUGGGCUCUGUUUCCACAUCAGGCUCUUCAUCAUCUCCACACUCCUCUUCAGCAUCAUCAUCUGCCUCCUCUCAAAACAGUCCAGCAGAAUCGCCACUUAUCUCAAACCCAGACACAGCUGACAGGAGUAAUACUAAUGUUAGGCUCACCCCAAGUUCAGUUUCUCGCUCCUCCCAUGGACUGUCUGCUGGUGAAAGCUCUAGUGGGAAUAUAUCUCCUGAGUCUCGAAAUCCAGUGAUGGGAUCGAGACUGCGGCCCAUUUUAAAGGAAAACACUCCAGCCAGUGGCUACAAACCUAGUUAUGAAAAAGGCAGAAACGGACGGCCGAAUCUCACAGCUGCAAAUGGCAAAGCACCCUUAACAUCUGAUGAAAAUUCGAAACCAAAAGGAGUCCGACAUAUCACAGGUCCUGAUGGAACAAAAUGGUUAGUAGAUCUGGAUAAGGGCGUCCUAAUGAAUGAAAAUGGAAGAGUUCUUCAGGAUUCAAGAGGAAGACCAAGAAAAGUUGUCCUUGGAGAGGAUGGCAAGACUAUUUUUGAUGACCAUGGUAGCCCACUGGUAAACCAGGAAGGAUUAGCAUUAUUUGGUCAUGGAAGAGAAAGUCGGCCUGUGAUUAAUCCAAGUGACAAGUAUCUUACUGUGGGAGGAAAACCCAUUGUGGGCUUGGAUCGCCCUAAACCAAGGACUACAUCCACUACAACCACGACUACAACAACCACAACAACAACAACAACAACAACAACACCAGAACCUACAACAACAGAAAUGGUAACAGAAACAUUAGAGCAGUCAACAUUAGCUGCUGAGCCCACAUGUCCACCUGGACUUUAUUCUCGACUGGACAAAUAUGGUUUCCCAAUAUUGGAUGCUGAUGGAAUACUUAACUGCUACUCUGAAGAUGGGCUUUUUGAGGAGACUACCACAACCCCAGUCCCACUUCCUACCACAACACUGGCUCACACAACAGAGACUCCUACAACACAGCCUCCAACUCCUGAGACACGGCCUUUGAACAACACUCCUUCUUCUGAGUUUGAUGUGGUUGGAAAGAAACGGUUCACAGCUCCAUAUGUAAACUACAUCCGUAAGGACCCUGGAGCUCCCUGCUCCCUGACCGAGGCUCUGGAGUACCUUCAAGUGGAUGUCUUGGCAGACUUGAUGGAGAAGGAACAACAAUCAGUCAAUCAAAAGCAGCCACCCAAAAACAAGCCCCAUAAUGUCACUGUGGUUGCUAUGGAGGGCUGUCACUCCUUUGUGAUUCUGGACUGGGCACUUCCACUGAAAGAUGACAUGGUGUCUGGCUAUAUGGUACACAGUGCAUCCUAUGAUGAUGUCCUAAAUAACAGAUGGUCAACCAGAUCCUCAAGUGGAACCCACCUCCCUGUUGAAAAUCUCAAACCCAAUUCCAGGUAUUACUUCAAAGUUCAAGCAAAGAAUAUCUUUGGACUGGGGCCACUCAGUGAAACUUUAACAUAUGUCACAGAAUCAGAUGAUCCCCUGCUCAUAGAGAGACCCCCAGGUGGGGAGCCCAUCUGGAUCCCAUUCUCAUUCAGGUAUAACCCCACCCACAGUUCUUGUAAAGGAAGUCAGUUUGUCAAGCGGACCUGGUAUAGGAAGUUUGUCGGCGUCGUCCUCUGCAACUCGCUGCGCUAUAAGAUCUUCAUGGGAGAUGGACUGAGAGAACCCUUUUACAGCAUUGCUGAUACAUUUGGCCAUGGAGAGGACCACUGCCAGUUUGUGGACUCCUAUCGUGAUGGAAGAACUGGACCACACAAUCUCUCCCUCAACCUACCCACAGCUCAAGGAUAUUAUCGGUCAUACAGACAAGAGUCAGUGAAUUUCGGGGCCAUCGGCAGGCGCACACCACAUCCUUUCGUUGGCUGGUAUGAAUGUGGAGUUCCAAUCCCUGGAAAGUGGUAACAGGGGGAAACUCCAAGAGGACAUUUCCACAGGCAAUCAGAUUCCACACGUUCUGUGCCUAUAUCUAUAAGCCAAUCACAGAGGUGAACCAUUGCUCACCAUGGCUUCCAAACCUAAAUCAUAUAGCAACUGCUUCUGAUGGAAGGAAUAUAGUACGUUGAGUAACACUAAUAUUUCUACAUAUUUGAUAUCAAGCACUUUUUGAAAAAAAUCAGUCUGUAUAUGAGGAAAUUGCAGCAUGUGUAUUUGAGUUUAUUAACAAUGUUUUAUUUUCAUGUGUUGCGUAAUAGUAAUUAUUUCAUUCCAUUCCACCUGGAAUAUUUAUCUUACAGUAACUUCAAAGAAUCAAAUUGGUGGCUAGUUAAAUAUCACAGCACAACAUCAAAAGACUACGUAAUGUCUGGGAAGAUGACAUUUGCGAUGAUGUAACAAAUUUUCUGUGAGUGAUGUUUGCAGUUGUUAUAUAACUUGCUGAGGUUUUGUAAUCUUAAAUUUUUGUAUUACCCUCUUUUUGAACAAAGGUUGGCAUGAAAGUAUUGCCCAUAUUAGGGCAGAUUGAAAAAAUAUAUAUUUUAUUUUCUCAGGAACGGUUCAAAUUUGAAUAAAGGUGCUAUGGAGAAAA